ACUUGCAAAUAUGACGUGUCCUGACACUAGGAGGACAAGUUGCCAAAAUUAUUGAAGAAGGAAAACGAGAAGAGGAAAGCGUAAACUCGCCGGCGAUUGCCCUGACAUCUUCAUAUUAUUAUUAUUAUUAUUAUAUAAAUCUCACUCUUCUCUUCCACCUUCCAAGUUCUGAUAAUACUCGGAGUUGAUUUUCCGUCGAACGCAACUUUGAACUCCGACGGACAUUCUAGAGUUUCUUCAUCCGAGAGCUGGUGGCGGCGGAGGCGGAGGUGAUUGGAUGGGAUAUGGCGGAGCCACCGUUGUUGCCGUUGAAGGAGAACAAGAUAGCCAAAGGAACUUUUGCUGUGGUUGGAAUCAUGUCUACUCUCGUCAUUUAUGGCAUCUUACAGGAAAAAAUCAUGAGAGUUCCCUACGGCCUGAACAAAGAAUUUUUUUCGUACUCAUUGUUUCUUGUCUUUUGCAAUCGGAUUACCACCUCUGCGGUCUCUGCCGGAGUUUUACUGGCAAGUAAGAAGGCCUUGGACCCAGUAGCUCCACUCUAUAAAUAUGGUGUUGUUUCUGUUUCUAACAUCCUUACAACUACUUGUCAGUAUGAGGCUCUCAAGUAUGUUAGUUUUCCUGUUCAAACCCUGGCAAAAUGUGCCAAGAUGAUACCUGUAAUGAUCUGGGGUGCUAUCAUUAUGCAAAAGAAGUACCAAGGACAGGACUAUCUUUUGGCAUUCCUAGUAACUCUGGGUUGUUCAUUAUUUAUUCUGUAUCAGGGUGCAGGUGACAUCAGUCCCUUCAAUAGAGGAAGGGAAAGCACGGUCUGGGGAGUUUCUCUGAUGAUAGGCUAUCUUGGGUUUGAUGGCUUCACGAGUACUUUCCAGGACAAACUUUUUAAAGGCUAUGAUAUGGAAAUACACAAUCAAAUAUUCUAUACAACGGUCUGUUCAUGUCUUCUUAGUUUCAUUGGUCUAAUUUUGCAAGGCAGUCUUCUCAUGGCAAUAGAUUUUGUAUCCCGCCAUCAUGAUUGUUUCUUUGAUAUUGCUCUGCUUUCAACUGUAGCAACUGCAAGUCAAUUUUUUAUAUCUUACACAAUCCGCACAUUUGGUGCUCUAACAUUUGCAACCAUAAUGACCACAAGACAGUUGGUGAGCAUUUUAUUGUCAUGCUUGUGGUUUGGCCAUCCUUUGAGCUGGGAGCAAUGCAUCGGAGCUGUUAUCGUGUUUGGAUCCCUUUAUGCAAGAAGCUUCUUGAAGACAAAAGAGAAGGCGGUGGCGCCAUCAUUGGAGAUGGCUGAAACUAAAGCCCCAGGUUCAUAAAUAACUUUCAACCUUGAAUUGAAAAAUCUCUCUCUCUGCCCUGCUCAGAUAUAGAUGUGUAAGUAGCUAAACAAGGCGUGCUAUUUUUGGAUUUCCAUACGGAAGGCUACUUGCAAGAUUUUGAUUAGCCUUCCUCAAAUCUUUGCUACUUCCAAUAGAAGUUGUAUGAUGAACAAUUAAUUUCCAUGUUUUUUUUGGCCUACUUCCAAAAGGACGUAAUAUGACCAAUGCAGAUUUCAGAACUAUACAAGUUGACAAGGUUUACUCAUUUAAUGAAAUUUUGUUGUCCAAGUAUUUUUAAUUGA